CCGAAUCGAUAAGAACUAACCAGCACUUCUUACAAGAACUACCAUAUUUUUUUUCUUUUUCGUAACUUUGUAACUUUUUUCGAACUUUGCGACAACGACAGGGGAACACAUCUCAAGCAAGAACUCAACCACCAACCAUCAAGAACACAAUUCACAGCUUUUUAUUAUAAAAAGAUUUAUUCAAGCCUACCAUAAUGCUUUCGGAGUCGGGAAGACAACUGAUGAAGAUCACAGUUAUACAGUUCUUCAUCACAGCAACAAUUGCCAGAGUUUUACCUCAGAUGGAUCGCCAAUACCAGCCCAGAAAUUCGCCGGACUCUAGAUUCGGCCCCGGUCCAAUUUUGACCCCGGUCAAAUUCCUGAGCAUAUCCAAGCUCCAGAACAGCCAAUUAGCAUACGAUGCUGAUCGUGCGCGAGCAAAUGAUCUUCAGAAUAGCGUCAAUAAUGGUGGCAUGCAACCUGAGUAUUUGGAACCAAUCAGUGGCGCGCCUAAGCGAAUCAGAAUCGAGCUCGCACGUGGAUCUAACAAGAGGGUGUCAAUUACACACAGAUCCGGCAGACGAAUCCAUUUCACCUUAAUGGGGAGACAAGACUCCACACAGAAUGGUCCACGACAGAUGAGGGUGAUGUUUAAAAACAGACCUCAGAGCGUUGCCAUGGAUAUGCCAGCCAACUCCGUUAAUGUCAACGAGUUUUCCUCCGAGCCACCUACCUUCCGUACUGCUGUUGGUGGUAAUUCUGAAACGAACCCACGAGGGCCUAGCAAGAUCGUUCUUAUAAGAAACAACGGUCCAAGUCGGGUACCAAAGCGUGUCAUUGUUAGAACGGUAACCGGAAGCGGAAGUCCAAACAGACGUGUCGUGAGAAUCCAUUUCGUCAGGAACAACAACAACAAAAAUGACGUCAUCCAAAGGGGAGCAACUCGCCCAGAGAUCACUAUGCCAUCCACAAAUAUGGAUCAAUACCCACAGGUUAAUAGAAUGAACAACAGAGGAAACGUCGAGACAACUUCCGGUUCAACACAAGGUCAAGGCCAAAGUCCACUCCAGAAUUUACUCCAAAGUCAAUUUCAAGAUCAAAUCAAUGGCCAAGUUCUAGCCGAACUUAAAGGAAAGAUCGAAAGUUUGCUCCAGGAUCAACUGCAAGGACAACUUCAAGGUCAAAUUCAGGGUCAUCUACAAGGUCAACCUAAAGGUCAAGCGUCUUCAUCUCCCUUUCCUGCGGAAGUUGUCGAUAUCGAAGAACCGGAAAUAGCAUCAUCCCACCACGGCAAAACAGCACAAGCAACACCUACCCUAAGUCCAGUGACACAGGAACAGUCGACUUCGCUCCCUGUGGAUGCUGAAGCUGAAGAAUUGUAAAUUGAUAGUUCGAGGUGAAUACUCAAAAAAUGCAAUACAUAAAUCAUACCUUUAUAUUUCGAAUUCGAUGAAACACGUUUUAUACCUUUCUUGAUUGCUUUCGAAGCAAGAGAAGUAAGUCACCUUGCUUAAUCAAGAAAGGUUUUCGACUUCAAUAUUAUUGCCAUGCACUUUUUCGAAUUGCAUGCAAUAUGGAGAAGUUGUAAAGUAUACUAAAGUUGUGAAUGAGGAAUAUUCACUUGAUAAUUUAUUAAUUCGUGUAUUUACGUUAUCAUAACUAUAUUUGGCACUCGUAACAUCUCGGGCACUUUCGCCUAGGCUCGGAAUCAAGCCGGACUUGACGGAAUUGGCCGACAUGUUCCGAAUGCUCAAUUUGGUUUCCCAGGUGUUUUCUGCUUGUGUAUCUCCUUUGUAAAAGAGUUCCACAUAAAAGAGCUCCACUUGUCGCUCUUUCCUGUGCUAUGGUAGUUUUUUUUGUACGAAUUUGCUGAUUAAUUCUUUCAUAUUUCUACUCUCAUGCUGGUCAUGGAAACGUAACUUAUUAAGUUUUAUUUGAAAAACAUUGAAUAAUAAAAUAUUCAGCAUAACCA